AUGGAUGCCAACCAGUGCACCGAGCAAUGGCAGCGCACGAUCCUGAAGAAGAGCAGAUUGCUCAAGCAGACUCAUGAGCAGAUCGCUGAUGAAAUCAAAGUCAUUCACAUCGCCAGAUCGGAACAGAGGGUAACCCAAUUCAUCAGAUCGGAACAGCUCGAAAUUUUACAAAAUCGGAAAAGAGCCAUCAAGAAUCAAAUCAAAGCCGACAUUGAACAGUGCUCCCGUCAGCUUAUCGCACCUCUGCUGAGCGAGAUCCACGCGUCGCUCCCCUUGGAGCUCCGUGAGAAUAUCUACGAGCAUGUCUUUGACACCAGCAAGCCGAUUAUCAUCCAGAGAACGAAAGCUGCCGGUAAACCGUUUACGAACGGAAAGCUACAACCUGGCAACGCUGAAGCGAGCGACCAUGCGAUAGUCACGCGUGGCACCCUCAACCCAUUCGUGCAGGACUUCUACUUCUCUGUCACUGUGAUGGGUUCAGAAACCAGUACUGAAAUUCAAAACCUAGCGCUGCGAACAACGCCAUUCUACUUCCGCGGUUCAAAUGACGCGUUAUGCGUUAGAGAACUACUGGAUACCGAGAUCCGGCCGGGGGUAUACUUCCGUUAUCUCGUCCGCCAUCUACGUGUAUACAUUCGUAGCGAUGCUUUCAUAAACGAAGCCAAGUACUUCGUACCGGGUGUGGUGACUCCAACAGCAGCCGAAUCAAAACAUCAAAUACUGGACGAAGCAUCCACGUAUGGGAUGUAUCUUGACCGUCUAGAAGGCUUGACGACGCUCAAACAUGCUGAUCAUACUAUUACGCUGGAACUUUGCGUCUUUGCUCCCGAAUGGAUCCCGCACCAACCCGGUAUUAAGCGCAAUCUGUACGAGAUGGUGGAACCAGUAUACCGCCAUGCAAGAGAUCGUGGCGCAGAUGUGAAAGUACGGUAUGAGACGUUCAGCACAGGAGCUGGAGAGGACUGGACGGAGUAUCUUGAAGUGAGCAGUCGAGAUGCGGCGCAGGUAUGUCAAUCUCACCAAACAAUCUCCCCACAAUACACUGACCCCGCUCAGUCCAAACAGCCACAUCGCACGUUCGACGAGAUUUCGUCAUCAGCCUCGUCACUUCAGGAUCUUUUCAACGCAGACAUCCCAACCUCUACAACAAAUAUAAGCUGGAAACAUGGACUCUUCAACGGGAAUUGUUCUGCGUGUCACUGCGCAUCGUGUAAGGAGGACAGAGCGAGAAUAAGUCCAAGCUGUGGGGGCCGCGGGCACUCACAUACCUUUCCCCUGACUCUGGACGACGACGAAGAAGGAGACAACAAUUCUUUGCCGAUGAAACGCUGGGCACGAGCCGCAAAGGCUGCUGCCAGACAGGCGCAGGCGAGCGGGUCGUGA